CUCGAGUUGAUAGUCUUUGCAAAUCGCAAGGCUGUGAGGCGGACAAGGUGCGCGCGAUGGGAUCGCUCAACCAGCCAGAUUAUGUGGCCUCGGGCUUGGCGAUUUUGAUCGCACUGCUCUCGAUUCCGUUUAUUCGAAAGCUUGUCACGAGCCGCCGAAACACCAAGAAUCUAUACCAAGAUGGUAUUACAUACGAAGACAUUGAUGGAGUCGCGAGCGAAGACUCAGCGGCUCAAUUUUCGAACAAGCGCCAGUUUAUCGCGAUUUUCACCAUCAGUCUGUUAGCAAUCGCAAUUUCUCUUGCAAAUGCAAUUUUCACGGCUGUCCAGCAAGGACUCGACAUUUCGCGUUCAGCGGUGCCCCUUUUGGGGAUAUUCUUACUGGUGCCUGCCUGGAUACUUCUGCUUUUGCAAUUCACAGUCGCUUCUAGAGAAGUGGCACCAGUGGCGAGAUUCAACACUGCUGCCUCAAGCCUCUAUACGUGCGUCUCGAUUACUGCGAUAGCUUCAGUGGAUCUUCAUGGAAUCAAUGGCCUCGACUACAGUUACGGUGACGGACUUUUCGUUACUGCAAUUUUAACGGAAAUUCAAAUUGUCGCAUCACUGGCUUUGUUUGCGACGGUCUGGUUAAUCCGAAGACGUCCAGACGUCUACCGCCCAAAUGGAAAAGUAGUCGAUUCGCUAUUCACAGGCACUCUGUGGGAGAGAUAUAGCUUUAGUUGGAGCUUGGGAAUGCUUAACGCCGCUGGCACAGAGAAAUUUGAGAAUUCAGACAUGCCGUCAAUGGACCAUGCUACGAGAUCGGAAAAUUCGACAGCAGACUUUAAGCGAAUGAUCUUCAGGGAAGAUAAGCUCCCUCUGUGGGCGCACAUUACCUGGAAAUAUCGAUGGAUGUUCCUUUAUCAGUGGUCCAUGAUUCUUUUCACAAACUUUUUCGACGUCGCCCCCGCCUUUGCAAACUUACAGCUGCUUCGAUACCUUGAGAAUCGUAGCGACAGUGGUAUUAUUGACCCCGUUGCGUGGAAAUGGGUGGCUGCAAUUGUCGUGGCUACAAUUAGUUCGCGCUUAGUUGACUCCAGAGUCAUGUGGUCAGAGAUGGCUGAUAUUGUUAUUCCUCUGAGAUCAACUUUGACCGGGCUGAUGUAUGAGAAAUUGAUGAGAAUUGAGGAUUCACUUCAUGUUCCCAAGAAGGAGUCUUCGGAUUCAAGUGCUGAAAAUUCCGAUGAUGCAAAGGAACAAGACGGGCAGCCAGCUUCAAAAUCCCAGCAGGAUAUUGUCAACAUGUUUUCGGUCGACUGUGAUGCAAUCGCCAGAUUUGGAUCGCAAAGCGCACAAUACGUAAACUGUGCAGGACAAUUCAUAGUUAUCGUUGCAUUUUUGCUCCAUCUUGUUGGUUGGCAAAGUUUGUGUGCAGGAAUGCUGGGACUCUUAAUCCUUUUCCCUAUCAACAGAGCUCUCGCAGCGGUAUACGGCAAAAACCAGAAAGUUUUGAUGAAACUUCGUGAUGAGAGAGCUGCUGUUACCACAGAAGCCCUAAGCGGAAUCCGACAGAUCAAAUUUUCUGCUAUUGAAACCCAGUGGACGGAGAAAAUCGAGAAUGUACGUGAAGGAGAGCUUUCGAUGCUUUGGAAGACACGACUCGACAACAUUUACAUGGCCUUCGCUUCAGAGCUUACUCCUAUCGUCAUCACGGCACUUUCUUUGGCGACAUACUCCUACAUCAAUGGGAACCUGUUGCCUUCGGUUGCUUUUACGGCGAUUACGCUAUUCAGAUUCCUUGAAGGCAUCGUGGAGCAUAUCCCACUGUUGUUGGUUACAGCUAUCAACGCCAAAGUCAGCUGCGACAGAAUCGACAAGUUCUUCCGCAUGCCUGAUAAGGCCGAUAAUGUCCACCCAGGCGCUGCGAUAUCGUUCAGCAACGCCACCAUCACCUUUCCUUUCGGCGCCGAUGGUCCAACGGAAGACCAAUUUGCUCUGCGAAAGCUCAACCUUAACUUCCCUAGCAGUGGGCUGAGCGUUAUUUCAGGACCUACUGGAUCUGGAAAAUCACUGCUCCUGGCUGCGAUUCUCGGCGAAGCUGAAGUUCUCGGUGGCUAUAUACAAGUUCCCAAAGCUCCUCCUCCAGAGCAACGAUUUGACAGCAAAGCAACUCCCGCCAAUUGGAUAAUUCCAGACGCAAUCUGUUUCAUCUCCCAAACUCCAUGGAUUGAGAAUGCCACCAUCAAGAAUAAUGUGCUCUUUGGCCUUCCAUUUGACCCUGUUAGAUACCAAUCGGUUCUUGAGGCUUGCGCCCUUGCGCAGGAUCUCUCCCUAUUUGAAGACGGCGAUGAAACUGAGGUUGGAGCUCAAGGAAUCACGCUAAGUGGUGGACAGAAGUGGCGAUUGACUCUUGCACGGGCUUUAUACUCGAGGGCAGGCAUCAUGGUCAUCGAUGAUGUGUUCAGUGCUCUCGAUGCGCAUGUUGGAAAGGACGUCUUUGCGAAUGCGCUUUUGGGCGAUCUUGCGAAAGGAAGGACUCGAAUUCUAGUCACUCAUCACACAUCACUCUGCCUGCCGCGAGCAGAUUACGCUGUGCAUCUCUCAGCCACUGGAAUUGUCGAACAUGCAGGCUCAGUGGAGGAAUUACGACGCACUAAAGUCUUGAAUCAAAUUAUUGAGGCCGACGACGCCGCGGAGCCCGAAGAAGGGCAGGGAGAUAUCGAUUCAGCUAUUGUGAAAACGAAUGGUCAAGCGUCAAACACAUCGCAGACUCCUGCGCCAAAGGCCAAGAAAGCGCCCAAGAAGCUUGUGGAAGAUGAGAAACGAGAGACUGGAAGAGUCAAAACUGCCGUCUAUGUUGGAUACCUCAAAUCGUUCAGCGGAUAUACUCUUGGUGCUUUUCUCGUGCUUUUAUAUGCUUUGGCUCAGGGUUUCACGCUUGGCCGCACGUAUUGGAUCAAAACCUGGUCUGGUGCAUACGGAGAAGCUGAUGCUUCUUUCUCACCGCGCGUGACGUACCAUUAUCAAGAGAAACUGCAGACACAGCUUUUUUCUCAACCAGCAAGCUACUUCAACUCAACAGGUGUGACCGCAAGUACUCAAUCAGAGGCCCAAAUCAGAAGCCUUUGGUUCUAUCUCGGAAUCUACUGCGCUAUAUCGCUCGUAUCGGUGGUUGUUUCUGUCAGCCGUCUGUACUGCGUUUAUCUCGGCUCACUCCGUGCUUCCCGAAGGAUUUUCCAGGGUAUAUUGCGCAGUGUACUCCGAGCACCACUUCGAUGGCUAGAUACUGUGCCUACGGGAAGAAUCCUGAACAGGUUCACGGGAGACUUCACCAGCAUGGACUCUUCAUUGGGUACUAAUUUCUACUACUUUGCUAAUGUAGUCUGGGACAUCCUUGGUGUUUUGGUGGCAGGUGUUUUUGUCUCGCCAUACAUGAUCUUCAUUGCCAUUAUUCUUCUGGCGAUCUGCACUCUCUACGCUCAAAAGUACAUGGCUGCAGCACGGACUAUCAAGAGACUCGAGUCCACCAACAAGUCCCCAGUCAUUUCUCAUUUCGCAUCUUCCCUCAGCGGUCUGUCAACCAUUAGGGCAUUCUCCAAGUCAUCUGAAUUCACCGGUAGAAUGUUUACUCUUAUCGACGAUUGGGCAGCUUGCACCUGGUAUAUCUCAGCUUUCCGAAUGUGGCUCAUGAUUCGCAUCGGUAUUACAGCUUCCAUGUUUUCUGCCGUCGUUGGUAUUCUUGUUAUUACCACCCCAAAAAUCGAUGCCAGUUUAGCCGGCUUUGUCCUCUCUUUUGCACUGAGCUUUGGCCACUAUAUCAACUGGGGUAUUUCUGUUUCCACUCAGACUGAACUCGAUAUGAACGCGACAGAGCGUAUUUUUGAGUACACAAAUUUGGAAAUUGAAGACCAGGGCGGAGAGGACGUACGUGCAAGUUGGCCCGAAGAAGGAAGGAUAGAGGUCGAAAAGUUGGAGGUCGGAUAUGCCGAAGGCUUGCCCUCUGUCCUCAAAGGGUUGAGUUUUACUGCCGAAAAGAACCAAAGGAUUGGAAUUGUUGGUAGAACAGGAGGAGGAAAAUCCACCUUGUCGCUCGCCCUUUUCCGCUUCCUUCAAACUCGAUCAGGCAGCAUUACGAUUGACGGCGUUGAUAUUUCCAAGAUCAAACUCUCCGACUUGCGUACUCGUCUGGCCAUUAUCCCACAAGAUCCUUUCCUAUUUUCGGGCACCAUUCGCUCAAAUCUCGACCCUUUCAACCAAUUCACCGAUUAUGAUCUCCAGAAGGCCUUGGAACGAUCCCACCUCGUUCAUUCGAGCCCUGGCACACCGGCUAGCGAAUCAAAUGCUGAGGACACAAUUCCGUCUUCUAGUGCCACCAUCAGUUCAGACACGAAUUCUUCUCUGACACUGUCAUCUCCCGUGGCAUCCGGCGGCUCCAACCUGUCACAUGGCCAGAAGCAGCUGCUUUGCAUCGCACGUGCAAUCCUAUCACGUCCGAAGGUCUUGCUGCUGGAUGAGGCGACCUCGGCUGUCGAUAUGGAGACUGAUAGACUGAUCCAGCAGUCGAUACGUGAAGAGUUUUCCGACUCUACGCUAUUAGUCAUUGCGCAUCGCUUGAGUACGGUGGUGGACUUUGACCGGAUAUUGGUGAUCAAGGAUGGUGUCGAUGCGGAAUUCGGCAGUCCAAGAGAGCUACUGGAAAUAGAGGGUGGAUUAUUCAAGGAGAUGGUUUCUCACAGUGGUGAGAAAGAUGAAUUAGUAAGAUUAAUUAUGGAAAAAUAGACAUUUGGAAUACUUAGGACACAGAUUGGGAAAUAAUUGUUACUGGUAAGGGAUGAGACGGGAAAAGUUGUUGGGGUAGGAAUAUACAAUAUAAUAAUAAUGGAAUUGAAUGAG